UGGAGAGAGAGAGGCGCAGAUGGAGGUGGAUGUGAUUAGAAUGCGUAUAAGCUGAGACAAUAUGUGCAAACAUUGAAAUAUAUCUGUUAUUUUCAAGCUCGGCCGCAAUUUAACACCUUUUGUUGUAACCGUACAUAACUACAGAUCCGAAAGCGGAUGGAUAUCAGUAAGAGAAUGAUGAUGAUAUGAGCCUUUAUUGACGAAGCGACAGGACGCUCACGCGACAAGCGUAUGGCUGAAUGUAAACCCGCCAGUGCGCCAUAUGUUAAGAAGCAAGAGUGUAAUAUAGGUGGUGUGAAUCAAGGAAGAGGGCUUGUCUCUUCGAUGGUCAUGUUUUGAGAGGUGUGGUGGAGGGAUGAAGGCGGUGUUGACAUCCAGACGGCAGCGGGUCUUCUAUAGGCGCUUAAUAUGUGCUGUUGGGCUCAUCGCCGUCACCUGCUUCGCUCAAAUUCUUCACGUAACAGCCCAUUCCAUAGAGUAUCCUGAGCUUAUCUGGGCCCAGCGUAAACUAACCCAGCAGAGUGUAGAGGAGAACCACACAUCAAGCACACCAAGAGCUGCUAUCCAUGAAUUUCCAGAAGACAUCUUCACUAAGGAUCAGAGGAGGCAUGGGGCAGUUCUACUGCAUGUGUUUUGCGCAGUUUACAUGUUCUAUGCCCUUGCAAUUGUCUGUGAUGUCUACUUUGUGCCCUCUCUGCAAAAAAUCUCUGAGAACCUGCAUCUUAGUGAGGAUGUUGCAGGUGCCACCUUCAUGGCAGCAGGCAGUUCCGCCCCUGAGCUUUUCACCUCUUUGAUUGGUGUGUUCAUCACCAAGGGAGAUCUGGGGGUGGGCACUAUUGUAGGAUCAGCUGUCUUUAACAUCCUGGUCAUCAUCGGAGUUUGUGGCAUAUUUGCUGGACAGACCAUCUCUCUGACCUGGUGGCCGCUCUUCCGUGACUCUACAUACUACAUUCUCUCUGUGUUGGCUUUGAUUCUGGUCAUUUAUGAUGAAAAAGUUAUCUGGUGGGAGACGAUAAUCCUCAUAUCAAUGUAUGGAGUUUAUAUCCUUAUCAUGAAGUUUAACAGUCAGAUUUGGGGCUGGGUCGAGCAGAGGUUUGGUAUCCCAGGUCAGCCGUGUUUGGUAAGCAGUCUGCGCAGAGAUGUGUCGGUUGGAGAGGCAAGCCCACACUGUGACACCUCCAUGAUCCUCUUGAAGAAAGGUCAGAAUGCGGGUGGCCAGGACUCCCCGGUGGUGAUGGUGGAUGAGUUGAUGAGUCUACACCCACACCAGUUCUCUUUCUCAGAGGCAAGCCUUCGUGUCAUGAUCACGCCCCACUUCUCUCCCCGCAUUCGCCUCAGCAUGGCUGGACGCAUGCUCAUCACUGAGAGGCAGAGGCUCAUUAGAAACAGGAGUCCUGGAGACAGCAGUGGCAGUGGAGCAGGGGACACUCUUGGCCAAGAUGGGCCAGGGAUGGAGGGGGUUCCUUGGGGCCUGGAAAACGGAAGGACCCUUGAGAGUGAAACGCAGCCCCUGGAGGAACCCAGAAAAAGGGGCCAAGGAGGGGAGCUAGAAAGGAUAGCAGACACAGAGGACACACAGCCUAAAGAAGAGGAGGAAGAGGAUGAGGAAGAGGGAGAUGAGGAACAACCCUUCAGACCGCUUACUGUGCCAGAGGGGCACUGGGAGCAAGUGAAGUGGCUGUUCUCAUGGCCCUUAGGCUGCCUGCUGUACUACACUGUGCCCAAUUGUGUUUUGCCACGCUGGGAGCGUUGGUUCAUGGUUACCUUUGUGGCCUCCAUACUCUGGAUUGCCGUAUUCUCCUACCUCAUGGUGUGGAUGGUCACCAUCAUCAGUUUUACAUUGGACAUUCCAGAUGUUGUCAUGGGUAUUACAUUUUUAGCUGCAGGCACCAGUGUCCCAGACUGCAUGGCUAGUCUCAUAGUUGCCCGUCAAGGUAUGGGUGACAUGGCAGUGUCUAACUCCAUUGGAAGCAACAUCUUUGACAUUCUGCUGGGUCUUGGAUUUCCAUGGGCUCUGCGCACACUAGUGGUUGAUUAUGGGUCAACGGUCUUCAUCAACAGUAAGGGGCUGGUGUACUCAGUGAUUCUACUCCUUGCUUCUGUUUUUCUCACUGUACUGAGCGUGCACCUGAACCACUGGAGGCUGGACCGGAGGUUAGGUCUUGGCCUCAUGUUCCUGUAUGCCAUCUUCCUGCUUUGCUCCAUCUGCUUUGAGAAGCUCUAGAUUCCAUUUGGCAUGUUUUCGUAGCUGUAGGGUAGAUCUAAACCUAGAUAACCAUAUUUUACCCCCAGUCACUGCCUUAUUGGUAGCAGUUAUUUCAGCCAUAGAUUGAUGCCACGUUAGUGAACGAUAUAACUUUGACUCUGCUUAGAUGAGUCUGGUAGGUUGAGAGCAGGCUAGUUCUAAACACUGCUUGAAACAAAUCACCUGCUAAACUCGAUACUGUACUCUUUACUGUACCUCUGAGGUAUUUCUACAUAACAUACUGAGCUUCUUGAAGAGAACACAAAUCAAUUUCAAAACACAAGAUGUGAUGAAUUUAUAGAAAGUGUAUCAAAUGUUUACAGCACACAGGACAUUUCCUAUAGCCUCACCUUUUGCAUAUUUUUAUUCUGAAAUAUUAAAGGACACAAUCAAGCAUGUUUCAAACAAAAAUACAUGACAUUGCAAAAGAGUUACUACCAAAAAGUGUUCUAUUAACUCUUGUAACAGAGCUCAAUCCAAUACACUCAAUGUAUUGCGUUAUUUUGUCUUAUUUAUUUUAGACUUAAGGUCUGUAAAAAUUGUGGUUUAGAGUUUUAGGAUUUUCCUGUUUCAUUACAUUUAAGAAGAAUCUGUCACUUUUGGUGUUUUUCCUUGAAAAAGAAAAUUUUCUAGAAAAAAAACUAUUUUUAAGACAAUUGUAGUAUUACUGAUUAACCAAAAAUAUCCCUGUCUUUGGUAAAUGUUUACAUACCAAACAUACAUACAGUAGUGUUAUAUAAAGUGCCACUUAGAGGUGUCUGUUACACAUUUUGAUAUGUAGUAGGCUAAUGAAAUAAUGAAAUGUUUCUUUAUGUGCCCCACUGUAACACUUUGAACAGCAUUACAUUAGAAAGUAACAAUCCUUAAUGAAAUCUUGAUACUGCAGGAAUAUCGUUGUUUGCUAUUCACAAAUAACUAUUAUCAUUCACAGGCAUUUUUAAUUUAAUUAAUGUAAUUAAGCACUGCAUUAAUUAACAACUACUCCUACAGAACAGCAGACCUGAUUUGAUCUUUACCAAAUAAAACAAAAAUGUAAUUUUUAAGGACAUGUUGGCAAUCUAAUCUAGAUUUGGUGAAUCAUAUAUAUUUACUGUAUAUGAUCCCAUAUUAUAAUUCUGAGAACAGUGUAGGUAGUAUGAGAUCUGGUCUUAAAACUGACAUAUAAGCUUCUUCUGUUUGAGUUGAAAAUGUUUUUGGUUAAUUUUGAUGUGAAGGCAAAAAUACAGUACAGCUGUGUUUUAAUUGUUGUAAAGUUUCCUGAUUAAAAACGUGCUUAUGUUUUGGUUCUGUUGUGCAUUUAAUGUUAAAUGUUUAUUUAUUUAUUUUAAUUUUUUUUUAUUCUGAGUUUAACUUUAAGACAUGUAUUACUAAAAAGAGUCCAGCACUGAUAGUCAAAAAUGUCAUGCUUGUGGUUUUGCAGUUCUGUUAGUAAUAAUGAGCAGAUGUAACUCAUUGAAAUUAUGUGUUUUAUCAGUGAAACUACACCACACCUGAUAAGACGUAUUUGUUGCUUAAAUGGGAGUGAGAAAUAAAUAGCAAAUGAUGUGAUUAGUGGCAGCCUAAAAGAGUAAGCAUCUCAUGACACUGGUUAGCUAACUUUUUCAGUUGAACAUUUCUCUGUUUUCUAUUAAUUUUAGAACUCAUGUUGAAGCAACUUAAGGACAUUAUUACUCCUCACUAUUUGUUACAGUUCUGUCUAUGUUUUUAAAAGAUUUUUGUAUGUUGUUAAGUGCAAUAAAACAAGGUCUGUGCAAUAU